UGGACCAAUGACGUAUGGUGGGCAAGGAUCUCCGUGGGGCUAAUCGCAUCUACAUUUGUUGUAUGGUUUGCACUGAUCACCCCAAUUGUGGUCAAGCAGUUCCGGAGGCACUGUGGAGCGUGCUUCGCCAUGCUCUUAUGGGCGAUGUGUGGUUUGCCAUCAUUGGCAGCCGCCGACAUCCUUUUCCUGUGUCUUUGGCCAACAUCAUCGCCACAACAGGCAUGGAUAGCAAACGUCAUGCGCCUAAGGGUCCUGACAGAGACUCUUCUUGAGUCUCCAGGCCAAGCGCUGCUGCAGAGCCGCAUGUUCUACGUGAAAGUCAUGACGAACAGGAUGGAUCUUGAAAAGUCGAAAGUCGCAACCCUGGCAGUUUCCAUUGGAACAUCCAUUGUUUGCAUGGGUUUGACGCUCAAAGAUAUCAACGAUCUGGCACGCAGCCAGAACAUGAGUUUGUGUGCCUGUUUGUUGGAUUCCUUGCUGGUGGGCCUGGAGUGGAGGGCUCCUUUGCUACAUUUGCUGAAGAGCAAACAGGCUGUGGACUUCAUCGAUCAAGGCCCUCUCUCUGACGAGCACAUAAAACAAAUUGGUGCAGUGCUUGCAGAUGCCACCAACCUCUCCGAAUGCAGCUUCGCGGAGCAGAACUUCGGCAAAGAGGGAUUGGAACAGCUUUGGCCGAACGUGGAGAUUCUUUGCAAGAAGAAUGCGAACUUUGUGUUCCACAUCGGUGGGUUCGGUGGCACUUGCCAAUAUUCUGCACACAGUUUGAUUAUCAAGAACUGCGCCUCCGUUGAGCACACUCAGGUCAUGCUGCAAUCAUCUGUUGUGAAGUCGGUGGAGGUUGUCAGAGUGGCCAAGGAUGCCUUUCGAGAUGUUCUGAAAGUGUUGGAAGCCCGGAGGGCUCUGAGAAGGCUGAGCGUAAAAGACAUGGAGAUCAACACAACCCUUUUCACCCACAUGGCCGAAGUCAUCGAGAAGCUCAAAGUUGAAGUGGAGUUGGAAGAGGUCCAUGGAUCAAUUGUGUUUACUGCACAGCAGGCAAAAGAGACGAUACCAUUGCCACGUCAACUUUUUCGGGCAGCUCAAAAAGCCAGGAAAACCCAGGCAAGUGAUCUCACGGUGGCCGUCCCAUGGGACAAAGUGGGUGAACAUGGUGAAUCACAGAUGAUCAACUUGCUCGACUCGCCGUUACAAGCAUCACACGUGUCAAGUCAAGAUCUUGAUUGGUUUUUUUCGACAGGGGUGGAUCACAUCAUGCUAAAAGACCCAGAGUUUGACAUCGCAGCCAUCAAGCGGUGCCUCGAGAGAGCCGAUCGGCUACGGAAGCGGAUGGGAGUGUUCAAGUUACAAAUCUCGUUUGGUAUUGCUGCCGGGCAGCUUCCAACGGGGGAUGCCGUUUUGGCAUGCAGCGGCGCGGCCCUGUCCAACAUGAUCGGCUUCUCAUGCAAAACUCUGCCACAAACCUUUGCCACACUUCAUCAGCUUACCCAUUUGGUCCUCGAGUUCACCAACCAAAACCUUGGAGACCAAGGAGCCACCGCAGUGGCCGAGAAUCUUGGAAAGCUCGUGAAUUUGAACCAUGUGGAGCUCGAUUUCACUAGCAACAAGCUCGGAGACCCAGGAGCCAUCGCAGUGGCCGAGAGUCUCGGAAAGCUCGUGAAUUUGAACCAUGUGGAGCUCGAUUUCACUAGCAACAAGCUCGGAGCCC